AUGCAUCAAUCCAAUAACCAAGAAAAUAAUAACAUUUCAUCCUCUCAUCAUCACAGCAAAUCACACACAGUGGUAAAGCCUCCUGAACCUAGAUUGCACAGUUUUGAAGGUCUACAACCGAACGCAACUAAUUUAACACAAUAUAAUACUGUAAAUCGUUCUCCUCGGGUUAAACAUCACAUUUACACCGAAACUGAUGAACGAGAUAGCUUUUCGUCAAAAAAUGGAGAUCUGGCUGAAUCCGCGAGAACAUUGACACAAAAAAACCCACAAGAUGCUAUCAAUAUUAUCAAAACAUCUUGUGCACUCGACAGCAAUGGGAGGAUAGAUAUUUUACAUUUACUUUCUCAAGAAAGAGGUAUUGACGUACUCUGGAGACUUCAUCAGGCAUAUUCCGAAAUUGGAAACCUUGAGGAAAUGAAGCAUAUUUAUUUGACUGUUGCGGCUCAACAAAAUAUUGAUUCUAUGUCGAAAAAUAUGUUUAAACAGGAGUUUGUCACUUGUUAUUCUAAGAAUGGAAAUUUCAAAGUGGCAUUUCAAUUAUUGAACGAUCUGCCAAUUUCGAGAAAAUGGAUUUAUUUAUUUGUUGACACAUCAAACGAAAUUCUGAAGAGAAAUGUUGAAGAUGUGUAUCUCAUCAUCAAGUACCUAUCUCAGUGCAUUGAUAAUAGAAUGGAGGAAAUUAAAAAGAAAAUUCACAAUCCGGAAUUGUUAGAGCAAUACACUCGAAAUAUAACCCAUGAAGAUUCUAAAAUCACAACUAAUAGCCAGCACACAUAUCACUCACUAGAAAGCUCGCUCCGAAAAAUUAAGUUAUUCUUUGAAACUUUUGGCCUUGAAUCACGCUUUAUCCAAUUCUCUCUCAUGAUUGCUGAAGCCUACUCCUCUCUUGGCGAACAAGCGAUCGUAGAGACCAUUUUCAAAUUUUCACUUGACACAAAAAAGAGUGAAAAACGUCUGAACGAAACUGUCAAAUCUAGAAAACUGAAAACAUUAGCUAUGCAGUCGCUCAUAUAUCAAAACAGACACCAAGACGCUAUCUCGUUGUUUUUUGACAAAACCAUUCCAUCAGAUAACAGUAGUUUUGAGCAAUUAAUGAAAGCAUGCAUUGAAAGUGGACAAAUGGAUUUUGCAAUUUUUUUAUACAACAAGUACAUUACAAACCCAACAUUGGGCAUAUAUGUUGAGUUAAUUAAGGCUUACAUUCUAAAAGGGUCAUUUCAAAAAGCAGAGGAGUUAAUGAAAGAAUUUUUGGAGGUAACUACUAUCCCAGAGCAUCGUAAAAUGGUAUUGAAGACAUUGCUAAUAAGAACUUACGCUCAGAAUGGCCUCAUUCAUCAAGCUCAAAAAUUAUUUGAUAUCAUCACUCGACCUGACACUCAAUGCUGCAAUGAAUUAAUGAAAGCAUACUGCCACAUGGGUGACAGUGUGAAGGUUAGAGAAAUUUUCAUGAAUAUUUCUGAAAAGGAUGCAACGAGUUAUUUGUAUCUACUGGAGAGUUAUAUCAUUGAUUCUAAUUCUGUAUCCGCUCUAAAAGCGUAUGAGCAAAUUCCAGAACCUGCUAGUAUUCAUGCGGAUGCUGUUAUACGAACUAUUUUGAAAGAUGUGAACUUCGGUGGCCUUGGACAAGCUCUUCAAUUUUUUUACACACUCGAAAAUCCUUCGUUGAGCACUCAGAAACACAUAUUGAGAGCUCUCGCAAAGUUUGGCACUAAGAAUCAAGUUGAUGAAUUUUUGCAGGGUAUACCUAAUCCAGAUACUGAAUGUUUUAGCUGUCUACUGCUACACAUAUUAAAACGUGACAGCGCUGAUAUUGAGUCUGCUCAAAAAGUGUUCGCCAUGAUUCCGAAUCCUGAUGGUAUUUGUUACGGUUACAUGAUAUGCAUUUAUGGCAAAGCAGGAGAUUUAGAUAUGGUAAAUCAGUUGUUUCAGGAGUUUCCAUCCACUUUUACAAUACAAGCCUAUACCAAUGCGUAUAUAUCGAACAACAAGUCCAAAGAAUUGUUAGAACAGUUUCCUCAACUAAUUACCAAAUAUCCUCGUUGCUUUAACACUAAUGACGCUUAUUUAUCAGCAAUUCGGGAUUCAAUCACCCAUAAGAACCCAUAUUCAGCUUUGGAAUUUUUCGAUAUUUAUAUGGCGCAUGCAAAAAUCAAGUUCGCUCAUGAUUUUGUUUCAAUUCUUGAAUUUGUUGGAACUGGGGGAGAUGUUGCGAAAUUCAGAAAAAUGCAGCCACUCGUUCAGAAAAUAUGGGAAGCCCUACCAAAAUGUAUUGCCACACCAAAUGUCCGUAGCAAGGUCGAGAAUUUAGCAUCACAAAUUAUGGAGAUAUUGAAAGAAUCAUGA